AUGUUUCAAUAUGAACCAAUUUAUUCUGAUUUUGGACCCAUUGAUCUCGGUCAAACAUUUGCAUUUUGUAAAACCGUUGAAAGCAUGCUAAACUCCCCCCCCCCCCCUCCGUGAGCGAACAAAACCAUUAGAAAAAUCGCCAUUUUUUGACCAAAAACCCACCCUCCGUGAGUGAACAAAAAAUUUUUUUAAUAGAAAAAAUUUUAAUGGAAAAAAAAUUUUGAUAUAUAAGUGAUAAUUAGUAUAAUGAAAUCUAGAGCUAAUUCUGUUUAAUUUUAAACAAAUUGCGUUUUAAAACAUAAAUUUUGCAAAUUAAAUUAAUAUUUGCUUUCCAAUUUUUGCAAAUUAGGAUUUUUUUAAAUUUCGAAAAAAAUAAUUUUUUUUAUAAAAAUUUAUAUAUAAAUUUUUUUUAAAAAAAAAAAUUAAACCCCCCCUCCGUGAGCGAACAAAAAUUUUUUUGUUCGCUCACGGAGGGGGGGGGGGGAGUAAGAGAAGAAGGCGAAGUUACACAAUAUUGUUCAACCAAUGCUUACUCUAGAUCUAAUGCUGCCUACUUAAUGGGCGCAUUUCAGAUUAUCGUUUUACGGAAAAAUCCCGAGCAGGCCUGGCGUCCAUUUCAGCAGCUUCCAAUGCCAUUUAUUACAUUCCGCGACGCCAGCCCAGGGGCAUGUUCUUACAAAUGCACUAUCCUCCACUGUUUAUGUGCAAUCUACAAAGCAAUCCAGCUAGAAUGAUUCAGCUAUGACUCUUUUGACGUAAGUUCCUACAAUAAUUAUUCUCAAAUGGAAAAUGGCGAUAUCAAUUGAAUUAUCCCUGGAAAACUCAUGGCAUUUAGCAGCCCAAGCUUGCAGCCACGAGAUGAAGAAGGCUACAGGACUUUUACUCCAGAAGAUUAUGUCCCACAUUUCUUAAACUUUGGAGUUAAAACCGUUAUAAAGCUAGAUGGGACAGAUUAUGAUCCUUCAAGAUUUAAAAGAAAUAGAAUCGAGCACAUUGAUUUAAGUUUUAGGCAUAUGAAUUUGCCUCCUCAAAAUAUAUAUUUGGCUUUUAUAGAAGCAGUUGAAGAAAGAAAUGACGCAAUUGCGGUCCAUUGCAAGUCAGGAUUAGGAAAAACAGGGAUGAUGAUAGGACUGUACGCAAUGAAGCAUUAUGAUAUUACUGCACAAGAGUUUAUUGCUUGAUGCAGAAUAUGUAGGCCUGGAAGUAUUAUUGGUCCUCAGCAGGAUUUUUUGAUUGAUAUGGAAGCUAGAUGCAAAAAUAUGAAAAAGAAGCAAGACUUGUUAAGUGUUAACACUCCGAAGCACUAUAAUGAUAGGAGGAGAUUUAGUUCGACUUCGCCUGCUAAGAUCAAAGGCUACACAUUUUCAAGCUUGGCUGUGACGACACUUAAUACUCCUUAUCAUAAAAAAAGUUCUGCAAGCACAACCCCUGCAAAGUGGCAAAAUUCACUAUCCCCUUCCCCAUCUGCAUUCAGAGGCAGUUUAACACCUAUCCUGCCAUCUCCAUCCCCAUUUAGUUACUCAAAAUACUAUGCCCCAUACCUCAACAAAAUUAAAACCAACUAUAAUAUAGUGUAA